UCCAAACAAUAAUUAUAACUACAUUAGUGAUAUGGAAAAUUAAAAAAAAACUAAAAAAAAUUCAUUAGAUCUAAAGAAAGCUCUAUAUUCAGAGAAACUCAAUGGAAUAAAUGGGUUCAACAAAGUAUAUCUACUCCAAAGAAUUUGUAUAUUGAUGGAUAUGACUGGGAGUUAAGGGAAAGUAAAAAUGGAAGGGGAAAAGAUCAACCAAGAGAGAGUUGUCACAACUUACACAGAAGAAAAAAUCUCAGAAGGUUUGUUUUGUUUUGUUUUGUUUUUGCUUAUCUUGAACUAAAGAAAUGAUUUCUAAAAUCGACAUACUCUAUAAAAAUAUUCACUGAAAAACUGGGAAAUUAGAUGCUGGUGAUAUAAAGCCAUGAGGAACAGAAGAAAGAAAAAGUGAGACAGGGGAGGGUUGAAAGUGGAGUUAGACCAAGAGAUAUGGAGAGAGAGCAAAUAGAGAGAGAAAAUGAGAAGAAUGAGAAGAGAAGUAAAAAGAGAAGGAAAUCCAUAAGAGGAGAACAAGAAAGAAAGAGACGCGAAUUAGUCCACUCAACCCCCUCCAGAUCUAAUUUCUCAAUUUUUCAGCUCUAGAUCUAUGAUUCUUUGAACUAUUAUUCAAAACAAAACAGUGGAACUGCAGUAGAGAAGUACAAACUCCUAAUCAAAAAUAAGACAAAUAAUUCAUCAAAUGAAGGAAUGAUAAAGACAAUACAGAUGCUGUCUUUUAAGUUGGACUUUUAAGAGAUGAAUAGGAAUUCAAUAAAAGCAGGAGAGAAUAUAUCCUGGACACAGGGAACAGUGGGAAGAAACAAUAUAAGCAAAGUUCAGGAUGAGGUUAGAAAGAAUAAGCAGUUUGGGUUUACUGGAGCACCACAUAGAAAAAAGAAGUAUUUUAUAUUCCACAUAAUUUAUACUAGAAAAAGUUUAACGCCAGAUUAAAGAAGGUCUUAAAUGCUAGGCAAAAAAGUGUGAACUUUUUAUUUGGCUGGCAGCAAGGAACCACUGAAAAAUGUUUAUCACAGGUAUAACAUGACCAGUCUAUAUUCAGGAAUGGUUAAUGUGACAUUGGUGUAGAGAAUGAUAGAUGGAGAUAUCGAGUAUAAUCAGGAAAACCUAUUGCAACAGUCCAAGCAAUUGGUAAUAAAAGCCUAUGUAUAACUAGAGUAAUAGCAAUGGAAGUCAGAGUAAAGAGUUGUGGGAGACAUUGAAGAGGUAAAAUCAAUAGGAGUUAGUAAAUUGAUUACAUAAAAGGAGUAAGAGGGAAGAGUUCAACAUCAAGAAUUUACACUAUGUGAAUAAUGGUGCCAAUGAGAGAAUAUUUAAGUCAGAUCAUCAAUAAUCAUAGCACUUAAAUAACACUCUACAUAUGACAACUCAUUCUUCAUUCCCCACCACAAUCCUGUAAUUAGGGUGCUAUUAUCCCCAUUUUGUGGAUAGGGAAACUGAGAUACAGAGUGGUUAAGUGACUUGUCCAAGGCUUGACACAUCUGAGGCAGGUUUCAAACUCAGGUCCAUCUUUCACACCAAAUUAUUUGGAAAGACAAGUCAAGCAUUAAGACCUCCAGGUGCCAGACACUGUGUUAAGGGUUAGGGAAAGACAACAUCUCUACUGCCCUCAAGGAGAACACGCUCUAACACGGAAGACAAUAUGCAGACAACUGUGUAUAAAUGAGAUAUACACAGGAUAAAUUGGAUAUAAUCUCACAGGGAAAGCAAGAGAAUUCAGGAAAACCAUGAAAGGUAGGAUUUUAGCUUUAACUUGAAAGAAAUCAGGAAGAUGGAUUGGUGCAGCAAAAGAUCAUCAUUAAAGAAAGUACCAGAAAGAGGACAGAAAGAGGAAGAGGACAGGAACUAGGAGGCAGCAGUGGGAAUGAAGAGGAAGUGGCAGAAGAGAUCUGCAAGAGAUCUAAACUCUUGAAACUAAAGGACUUAACUGAUUAGAGAGAUAGUGCCAAUGCAUUCGGAGGUGACUAAAAAGUGAUGCACCUGAUUUGUCUGGUGUCAUUAAUGAAAAAAAAAAAUGGGGGGAGUAAAAAGGAGGGGGAGACCCUGGUAGAAAGAUAUUUUCUGUUUUAGACCUAUUGGUUUUCUGGGUGAGAACAUCCACAUAAAGAUCUCCAGAAUUGUGGAGAAAAAAAAAUGGAAGCUGACAGUUUUGAAGAUUUUCUGCAUAGAGAUGAUGAAAUGAAAUCACUAGAGGGAUGAGAUCAUCCAGGAAAGAGCAGGGAUAAAGAGAAUGUUUCAGAUAGAACACUGAGGAAAUGCCAAAUUUAAAGGGCAAGAGAAGAAUGAAAAGUCCAUUGAAAAAGAAAAUUUAGAACAUACUGACUGACUGGAGGGACAAAAAUACAACACGGCAUUUCUAGGAUUAUAUAAACUGAGAUACUGAAAAAAGCUUAGAGAAAAUUAUAUUCUUUGUAAACCACACCAGAUUUCCUUUCUAGAUAUGGAUGUCCCGAUUCUUCCAGACCAGAAGGGAUUUUCUCCUUCUGCAAAACCUGAUUAUCAAAGCCACUUGGAGGAGCACCUUCAUGCCAGUGAGGCUGUGGAAGAGAAUAUCGACAUUGGUUGUGCUUAGUUGGAUAUUACUGACUGUUUCUUUACCAUCUCUAUGGUGAUGACCCAAAUGUACUUGUCCCAACCUUUCUUCAGACUUGCAAUCGCAAUCUCCACCUGCAUUUCAGAGAUCUCAAACUGGAUGCCCAGUGGACAUCGUCAACUCAACGUGUCUAAGAGGGAACGUAUCAUUUUGACUUCUUAGUGUAAAUCCUAAAGUUAAGCGAACCUGCUCUCCCAGACGUCACAAUUACAUAUUUCACCAGUGUCUUUGCAGUUUCCCUUAAGGGCUAACUUAAUAGAAAAGGUUUUAGGAAUAGAGGGACCCUUAGACUCCGUCUAACCCUCUCGUUUUAAAGAUAAGAAAAGAGUUCUGGACAACCAGGAGACGAAAGCAGUCUUCGGAUUCAGUUAUCUUUCCCCGUGGAAAAGGAAUCGGGGACUUGAGAGCUCGGAAGCAUCUCGGGUCACCCGGUCCAAGCGGCGCCCAGAAGAGACGACCCUCUCCAGCAGCUCCGGCAGCCCGCCCGAGGCGCCGGUGCGGAGAGGGCUGCCUCGGCGGGCCGGGCCGCUCGCUGCCCACCCCUGGGCAGCCACUUUUCUCUCCGGGCCGGCCCUGGCCUUCUAGGUCUCCAAAGGCCCGCGGGCUUCUCUUCCUAACUCUGAAGGAGGUCACAGGCUUGAUGCUGAGAAAGGCUCUACCAAGUCCAGCCGCCUCACUUCACAGAGAUGGAGACGGAGGCACAGAGAGGUCUCCCAGCAAGCGCCGGACGCGGGAGCGGGCCCCAGCCCACCAAAGAGGCGAGAUGGCAGCCUCCUGUCCCAGAUGGGAGGGUCCUUGCCUCUCUCCGGCCGCUUCCCCGCAGCAGGUCCCUUUAAGAACCAUCGGUUGGCCAGAGCCGGGUUCCGUAGCCCCUCCCACUCGCCACACCACGCCCCACGGAGUUAAAGACGCACGAGCAGGAGCACGGGCGUAGAGAGGGGGCUUCUUCCGCGUGGGGGCGGCGACCUGCUACUACGCAGGCGCGCGGGGCGACAGCCGCCAAAAUGAAGGUGCUCGUAGGCGGUGGAACGGGCUUCAUCGGGCGGGCCCUGACUCACCUGCUGCACUCCCGAGGACACGAGGUGACCGUGGUCUCCCGGCAGCCCGGUGCCAGUCGCAUCACUUGGAAUGAGCUCACCCACUUUGGGUUGCCCCCCUGCGAAGCUGUGGUCAACUUGGCUGGGGAGAACAUCCUCAAUCCCUUCCGAAGGUGGAAUGAGGCCUACCGGAAGGACCUGCUCAGCAGCCGUCUAGACACUACUCACAAAUUGGCUACAGCUAUUGCCAAGGCCGUGCAGCCCCCCCAGGCCUGGGUCUUGGUCACAGGCAUAGCUUAUUACCAGCCCAGUCUGACUGCAGAGUAUGACGAGGACAGCCCUGGUGGAAAUUUUGACUUCUUCUCAAACUUGGUGUCCAAAUGGGAAGCAGCAGCCAAGCUCCCUGGGGAUGCCACACGUCAGGUUGUGGUCCGCUCUGGUGCUGUGCUGGGCCGUGGGGGUGGUGCCAUCAGUCACAUGCUGCUGCCCUUCCGCCUAGGCCUUGGUGGGCCUAUUGGUUCAGGCCGACAGUUCUUUCCCUGGAUCCACAUUGAGGACAUGUCGAGGAUCUUGGUCCAUGCCAUAGAGAACAGCCAUGUUAAUGGUAUCUUGAAUGGGGUUUCUCCAGCAUCCUCUACCACCAAUGCUGAGUUUGCCAAGGCCUUAGGUGCUGCCCUGGGCCGCCCUGCCUUCCUUCCUCUGCCCAGCCCUGCUGUCCAAGCAAUCUUUGGUCGGGAACGUGCAGUUAUGCUGCUGGAGGGUCAAAAAGUAAUACCUCGAAGGACUCUAGCUAGUGGCUAUCAAUAUGUCUUUCCAGAGUUGGGGGCUGCUCUGAAGCAAGCUGUAUCUUGAAGGGGCUCAAAGGUCUUUUUUCUUUAAUAGAGGCUAUCCUGUUUAAAUCUUAAUUCUAUAUAUGUAACCAAUUCCUUAAAAACGGUUUACUGAAGCUUUACAAUAUAUAACAGAACAACAUUAACAACUCCAUUUUACCCUUAACCACCACUUUGUAAAGUUAAAUUUCAACUUCUUGGAAGUCAUCUAAUUUUGAAGACAUUAAAAUUUUUCCUCCCAGUUGUCAUUUGACUUAUGUCACAAAACUCCCCUUCUUUUCAUCUCAAUGUCUCUUAACUCUCUCCAAUAAGUAAACAAGUCUCUCAAUCCCUAUAAUCCUAUUCUUGUUUUUCAUUCCUUUCAAAAUGUAUAUUAACUGUAUCUGUGACUACCAAGAGCCUUGAACCCAAUUUGUUUCUGCAGCUGUUUGCUCUGUUAAAGAAAUCAUUUGUCUGGAUGAAAUCUGGUUUCUUCCAAAUUAUAGCAAUUAUAACAAUAUGUGUAUAUAUAAAGGCAUUUGUCACAAAUCACUAUUCAGGUUAUCUAGGAUCACCCUACCCUAUCCCUCUUUCCCUUUCCAUGGACCUCCAUGGAAAGCCAGGAGUCUUUAUCUUAUCAUUUUUCCCUCAAGACGUAUAUAAUAACACUAUAGUGCACAUACAAUAAAGUCAACUGUUUUACUCAA